AUGAACGCGAGUCGAACGCGGGACGUUCGACUGUUCGUGUCGGUAGAGAGAUCGUAGGGUGCUGUGAAAGCUCGAGAGAAGGACUUAUUACGAGAAUUGGUUUACUAUUACUUUUUACCGGCAACGUCCUGUGUUGUUAUUUUACUAUAUUUUCGUAUAUGGUGUGCUUUUUUAAAGAAGACUCUUUAAUAAACCAGUGAUUCGGUUGAACGUUCAAGUAUUGGUGUAAAGUGUGCCAUAUAAACAAGACUUGAUUGUGAUUGAAACAAAUGAAAGACUUUGUUUGAAACUUGCAGUGACAUUCCUUGUUUGAGUGCCUUACUAUUCGACAUAGGACUUGAUUUCUUAAUUACGUACUUAUAUGUUUGUGGACAAAAACGAUUUGUGAGGUUCUUGGACAAUUUUGGAUAAAGCAAAACUUGAAAAGGAAUGUUGCCGUUUUUAUGUUGUCAACCAUGGCUACUGUAACAUCUGGAAUUCUGUCACCAAAUUCCUAUGGCUUGAAUACAGAUGCAGUGACCCUAAAACUCGCCCACCCCGAACCCAUGGAUACCUACCACCACAGGCACCCCUUCUCGCACACCACCCCUUACUCCGACCCUCAGAACUCCAGCGACUCAGAACAGGAAACACACAAUUACACGCCGACCUCGCCCAAAAGCACCCUAACCAGCUCAGAACCCAAACGAAACAAACGAAAAAACUUCAAACCCAGAUGCUCUCAGAACGUGCUCUCAGAAGACGAAGGCGUUCUGAAUCUGAGCGAAUUUCACGAAAAUAACAAUGUGAAUAACAACGUGAGACGCAGAAAACCCAUUGCUGGGCCGAGAAGAGUCGUUCAAGAUUCAGGUUUCAUUCCGAUGGAUCUGAGCGGAUCCAAAAACGACUCAGAGGCUUCCGAACGUCUGAGUCAUGACUCAGAACUGAAGCAAGACUCGGAAAACACGGACUCGGACGAUUUCAAUACUGAAAACUAUCGGACGCCUUCAGAUAACGAUGAGGCGAAAGAGGAUUCAGAAGCGAACUCAGAAGAUAACGAAUCUAGUAAGAUUCCGAGUAGUUUUUCGAUUCACAAUUUGAGUAAGCCUCACGUUAGCGAUCAGGCGGCUAUGCUGUCUCAGAAUCUGAGCCCGGAUCAGAUAUCGGAGAUGAGGAAUUACGCGAUGAAUACUAUGAGGGAGCUGUUGGGUAUAUACGGACUGACUUCUGAGGUUGCUGAGAGUAUAUCUAGGCAGUUGCCUCUGGCUGCGUUUACAACAG